UUUAAAACCCUCCCCUCACUGGCUUCCCUCUGCAGAACGGGAGGCUGCAGCCUGGUUCCACCGCUGCACGGCACUAACCCUCCGUCACACAGAGGGAGGAGGCGGGCCUGGUGUGAGUCAGAGCUCCGGACACCUCCUCACCGGCUCAGUGUGGAGGGAGAGACGCUCCUGGAGAGACGCACCUGGAGAGACGCGCUGCAGCCCGGCCCCACCGGUGGAUAGGUGAUCCUCAUCAGGAGAAAACACUGAAUAUACCCAGAUUAAUGAAUUCAAACCGUGCAUAUCAAAGUAGAAGCCUGUGAGUCCGACGUGCACUGCUCUGCGUCUCUUUGUUCGGGGUUGUUCCAUCUGUCCUUCACCUCCAACAUGGAUCAUUCAGAGAAGGAGCUCAGGACGGAGGAGGAGGCAGAAUACGAGGAGGAGGAAGUGGAUCCCAGAGUGCAGGGGGAGCUGGAGAAACUCAACCAGUCCACCGACGACAUCAACAGAUGUGAGACGGAGCUGGAGGACGCGAGGCAGAAGUUCCGCUCGGUUCUGGUUGAGGCCACGGUGAAGCUGGACGAACUGGUGAAGAAGAUCGGCAAAGCUGUGGAGGAGUCCAAGCCCUACUGGGAGGCCCGCAGGUUGGCCAGACAGGCCCAGCUGGAGGCCCAGAAAGCCACCCAGGACUUCCAGGGAUCCACUGAGGUCCUGCGGGCGGCGAAGGAGACCAUCUCCCUGGCGGAGCAGAGGCUCCUGGAGGAGGACAACCGGCAGUUUGACUCCGCCUGGCAGGAGAUGCUGAACCACGCUACCCAGCGGGUGAUGGAGGCAGAGAACACCAAGACGAGGAGCGAGCUGGUCCACAAGGAGACGGCGGCCAAAUAUACGGCAGCGAUCGGACGCAUGAAGCAGCUGGAGAAGAAACUCAAACGCACCAUCAACAAGUCAAAGCCCUACUUCGAGAUGAAGGCCAAGUACUAUCUGCAGCUGGAGAACCUGAAGAAGAACGUGGACGAGCGGCAGGCCAAGCUGUCUCAGGCCAAAGGCGAGUACAAGACGGCCCUGAGGAACCUGGAGAUGAUCUCCGACGAGAUCCACGAGCGACGGCGGAGCUCCACCAUGGGCCCCCGGGGCCGCGGGGUCGGGGCCGAGGGCGACAGCGUCUCCGGGGACGACAUCUCCGGCUUCAAGAUGGAGUCAGACGGAAUAUCCAUGGCGUCAGUGUGUUUCGAUGAUGAAGCUUGUGGCGGCAGCAGCAUGAUGUCGGAGGAAGACUCAGAGACUCGCUCCACCUGCAGCCUGGGUUCGUCUCCCAGCAGCCCCCAGGAGCUCCUGUCGCCCUGCCCCUUCGCCAGCUCUUCCUCUUCCUCCUCCUCCUCCUCCUCCUCCUACUGCACGUCCUCCUCUGCCUCUCCAUCGCCCACUCCGUCCUCCUCGUCCAUGUCUCCUCUGUCCCGGCCCUGCAGUCUGGACCUCCCCAGCACCGUGUCGCUGUCCGACUUCGGCCUCAUCUCUCCGGUGCUCGGGCCUCGCAGCGAGUGCAGCGGGGCGUCGUCGCCGGAAUGUGACCUGGAGAGAGGCGACCGGGCAGAAGGUGCAGAGGGCGAUCUGGACAACGCUCCAGCCUCCAACAACAACAGCAGCAGCAGCAGCACCACCACCUCCACCUCCACCUCCACCACCACCACCACCAGGAAGAGCUUCAGCCUGGAGACCCGCUUCAGCUUCCUGAACCUGCGCCGCCCUCGCACCGCCAACGCCAAAAACACAGACAGAUGUUCCCAGAAGGCCGAGGCCGGGCAGACUGUGGUCCUGGUCAAAGGAGUCUGAGGACCAAAAAAAAGUGGAUUUGUCGGAUGGAUUUUGGUCCAAAACUUUCUGAAAAAACUGAGCUGUUUAUAAGCUACCGCCACAACUGCACUCCAUUUAAAAAAACCUCCAUUUAAAGAGAGACGUUGAAUGUUCUAGUCGCUGUAUAUAAAGUUUCCUCUACAUCAUGGCAGCGUUGCUACUCCCUUU